AUGAGGUGGAUUGCUGGAAUUAUUUGUGCAGCAUUGCUAACAACGUCCUCGGCAAUGUUUUUAGCAACUCGUGAACCCUGGUUCAAAGCAAAACAACCGGCGCCUAGAACAGGACUUCCGAUUGAAGAUUGCGGUCUGAUGCACGAUAUCAUCUCGGUGCAAUUAUCCAGUUGUUCCUCAAUUCCAUGCACUUUACAGCGUGGUACAGAUGUAACAGUUGUCGUCGAGUUCAGUGCCAACGGUGCAUCCUCGUUACCGUCCAUGAAACAUGAAGUAUAUUUCAUUCUGAAUUUUGUGAAAACCAAGGCAACCAUCAUGCCCGAUACCUGCGACGGAAUCUAUUGCCCUCUGCACGUGGACAACGGGCUGCGAUUCACGGCCACGAUGCAUGUCAGUUCGUCGCUUCCAGCGCUGCGAGGAACAUUGCACUGGGAACUGUUGAACGAAAGCAAGCAAGCUGUACUGUGCUAUAAAUUGCUGAUUUCGAUUAACUGA